CAGUUUUCUUAUCCUGGAUGCAGCUGGUUGAGUCAAGAGAGAGAGAGAGAGAGAGAGAGAGAGAGACAGAGAGAUAGACUGAAGAGGGAGACUGUUGGAUCUGGUUCUGAGGUACUGCUCGGAGGUUUGGAUCAUGGUGGAACCAACAUCGAAACCAGCUGCUGUUCUACUGCUGUUUCUACUGCACAGCUGUCUGGCAGACCAUGUUUUCCUCAACAGCCAGCUGGCCUCACAGGUUUUAGUCCGAAACCGACGGGCCAAUCAGAUGUUUGAGGAGCUGAAACCAGGGAACCUGGAGAGAGAGUGUGUUGAGGAAAUCUGUGACCAUGAGGAGGCCAGAGAGGUGUUCGAGCAGACGGACAAAACAGAAAAAUUCUGGGAGAAAUACCUGGACUGUGAAGGAACUAAAAUGAUAAGAACACAACAGAACAUUGACAUUGUCAGACAAUGUAUAGAAGGUGAGUGUAUUUCUGGUACGGGAAUGAGCUAUGAAGGAAAUAUCAGCAUCACACAAUCAGGGAAACAAUGUCAGUACUGGAAGUCCAGCUUCCCACAUCCCAUAAUCAGGGAGUAUAAUGCGUCGGAACCAGACAGCAUCCUGACAGAGAACUUCUGUCGGAACCCUGACAGCCGUACUACGGGACCUUGGUGUUUCACCAAAGACCCAACAGUCCCGAAAGAGACCUGCAGGGUGCCCAAAUGUGGUGAGGACUUUGUCCCGACCACUUUGGCCCCUGAACAAGUCAUAACUGGCGAAUGUAUACCUGAUUAUGGCGUCGACUACACUGGCGACCUGGCUGUUUCCCUUGGAGGCCACACCUGUUUGCAGUGGGCGUCCCCCAAGGCUACAGCCCUCAGCAAGGACAAGGAGUUCAUCCCCGAGGUCAGGCUCAUAAGCAACAAGUGCCGUAACCCUGACAACGACCCUGAGGGGCCCUGGUGCUACGUGGACAUUUUUGGAAAUGUGACGGUCGACUACUGUGACCUGCAGAUGUGUGAGGAUCAGCUGGUUGAUGAGGUGUUGACGACAGAGACAGACGGCAGGGAGCGCUCGGUCCUGACUGCCAGGAAAAGUUUUUUCAAUCCUCGCACCUUUGGUGAAGGAGAGAGUGUGUGUGGAGAGCGCCCCCUGUUUGAGAAGCUGGGCAAAAAGGACACAAAGGAGGACGAGCUGUUGGACUCAUACAGAGACAAACGCAUCGUCGGGGGCGACGACGCUGAGGUGGCCUCAGCUCCAUGGCAGGUGAUGUUGUAUAAGCGCAGCCCGCAGGAGCUGCUGUGUGGAGCCAGCCUCAUCAGUGACCAGUGGAUCCUCACUGCAGCUCACUGCAUCCUCUACCCGCCCUGGAACAAGAACUUCACCACCGAAGACAUCCUGGUGCGCCUGGGAAAACACAACAGGGCCAAGUUUGAGCGCGGUAUUGAGAAGAUCGUGGCGAUUGAUGAAAUCAUUGUCCACCCCAAGUACAACUGGAAGGUAAAUCUGAACCGUGACAUCGCUCUGCUGCACAUGAGACGGCCAGUCACAUUCACCGAUGAGAUCCACCCGGUCUGCCUGCCCAGCAAGAAGGUCGCCAAGUUGCUGAUGACUGAAGGCUUUAAGGGUCGAGUGACCGGUUGGGGGAACCUGAAGGAAACCUGGACCUCAACGAGAAAUUUACCCACAGUCCUCCAGCAAAUCCAUCUACCAAUUGUGGACCAGGACAUCUGCAGAAGCUCCACAUCAAUCAAGAUCACGGACAACAUGUUCUGCGCUGGUUAUAAACCAGAGGAUUUCAAGCGUGGCGACGCCUGUGAGGGAGACAGUGGUGGUCCGUUUGUGAUGAAGCACCCGGCAGAAAACCGCUGGUAUCAGAUGGGCAUCGUGUCGUGGGGUGAGGGCUGCGACCGCGACGGAAAGUAUGGUUUCUACACUCACCUGUUCAGGAUGAGCAGGUGGAUGAGAAAAGUUAUUGAAAAGUCAGGAGGAGACGAUGACUAGACACAAACAUCCAUCAUUUCCUGUUCUUCCUGUCAAGCAAGAUAAUGCCAAUAAAGUUUGUUCACAUCGGUUCAUGGAUCCAUUUCAUCAUGUAUGACAAGUCAUGUACAAUAAGAGUCACAUCAGAACAUUUGACAUAGCAGCUUUUAUACAAACAAAGCACAGUAUAUGGAUAGAAAAUCUCCAUGGCAACACAAACACUGAUGUCCCAUAAUGCUCAGUUUUCACUGUUACCUUCUGGUAAUAAUCAGUUUACCAGGUUAAAAUGAAUAGUGCUCACAAUCAAAUACAAGAAAAUAACAGUUCUUUUUUUUAUAUUUUUACACUUGUUUGUGAGAAUCAUGAACCCGUCCAGCUCCUCAUGACCUCAGUGAACCACAUCAAUGACAUCAUCAAAAAAAAAUCCUGCUCCUUGAAGGCUCAAGAGGGGCGGAGCGUCGAUGUGAGGGGUGGAAUCAACCAAUCUAACUUAUGACUUUUGCAUAACUCAUGUCGUAUUAGAGUUACCGUGAUACCAGUUUCACGACCUGUAAACAGCUUUUUCACCAAGAUUCAAGUCAUAAUUAUGACUUUUAAACAGAUUUUUCUGAGCUUCCGAUUUGGUGCUUGACACAAAUUUGGUCGCCUCACACCAUCCAAAGUCUGUGGUUCAACAUAAUAAAAGGAUUUAGUGUUAUAUGAACCAACUUACGACUUAAACGCAACAUUAGCUCACCUGGAGACAGAAAGUGUCCACAGAUCAGUCAGCAGAUGUUUAUUCAUUAAAUGCUUCCUCAUCUGUCUUUAUAUCUGAGGUUUAAAUCUAUCAAACUGAAUGUGAUGCUCAGUAAAGACAUUAUAAUACAAGUCAAACACUUAUUUCUGACCACAGUUAUCGUGAGAGAUUGAGGAAGCAACACACAACUUCACGUUAAUCAUAAAGUGUCGGUAUAAUAUACAGAGAAACGUAGGAAAUGUACCUUUUUUUUUGUUUGUUGGUGGAAGUCACACAACUCCUGAGACCAGAUCAUGCUGAUUAACUUUCAGCAACAA